AUGACCAAAAACCCCUUCUGCCGCUUGGGCUGUAACCCUCGCCGGAGCAAUUUUCCGUCCACUUUUCUUCUUGGGGUCGCCGUGGAUUUGCUUCUAUUGAAGACGAUUGGCGCUGAAUCUGAAUCUUUGAUGCUAUUUUUCUUGUGGGCCGUCAGCACAAAGGGCAACCGCGGUUUCCUCGAGCAGGGCCCGCUGUUUUCGAAUUCGGCGGCCCUGUUUUGGGCGGCGGAGGCAGAGGAAGGGAGGCGGGGGGCGGAGGCGCCGCCGUUCUCGGCGGCGGAUCUGGGAGGAUUGGGGGACGGGGGAAAAGGGGGUGAAGAGGAAACGAGCUUGCCGAGCUUUUCUUGGAGGCAAAAGGCGCAGAUCCCACCUGGGCUGCUAUUUUUCGAAGCAUCAGUUGGAUACAUGAGCAAGUCAUCAAUGGAGAUUCAAGCAAAUUCGAGGUACUAA